GCUGCUCGCGGCGUUUUAGGGGCGCUCCUGGCCGAGGUGACCCUGACUGUGCCAGGAGGGCGCGUCUGGGACCGACAUCCUCGAGACCGCUCGUGUUGAGGGCGGCGAGAGCGAGCGCCGGCGUUCGCAUACUUUGUCAGCACUCAGCUCUCCUUUGGCAGGAAAACUAAGAAGGGAAAUGGCUGUGGAUUUGCUGGUUGCUCAAGGGGCAGAGCCUGUGACCUUCCGGGAUGUGGCCGUGUUCUUCAGCCAGGAUGAGUGGUUGCACCUGGACCCUGCGCAGAGAAGCCUGUACCAGGAGGUGAUGCUGGAGAACUACAGCAACCUGGCCUCGCUGGGGUUUCAGGCUUCAAUACCUCGGGUGAUUGGCAAGCUGAAAAAAGGACAAGAUCCCUGCAUGGAAAGAGAAGACUCUGAAGACACCUGCCUAGAUUUCCAGAUUUGGCCAGAGAUAGAAGGGUUGCCUCUCAAACAAGACAUUUUUAUUGAAGAAACAUCUCAUGGGCUAAUAAAGAAUGGAUCCACUGAGUGUGGUAACUGGAAAACCAACUUUAGAGAAGUGAAAUCUGAGAGCCUGACAGCACAGGAGCAAGAAAAGGAAGCUUAUGAACCAGGGGCAGCCUCAUCCAAGGUAACUGACAGUGAAGAUGGAAAUCCCAUAGGCCCUGAGCUGGGGAAACCCACAGAAAAGAUACCUGGUAUGUAUCGCACUUCAGAGAAAGAUCUUAAUUUAAUGAGAAGUUUCCCGAUUUACCCGGGACAAAAACCUUAUGUCUGCAGUGAAUGUGGGAAGGGUUUUACCCAAAGUCUUCAUCUUCUCGAGCACCGAAGGCUUCACACUGGAGAGAAACCUUAUAAAUGUAGCGAGUGUGGAAAAAGCUUCAGCCAUAGAUCUUCUGUCCUGGCUCACCAGAGAACCCACACUGGAGAGAAACCAUUCAAAUGUAGUGAGUGCGAGAAAGCAUUUGGCAGCAGUUCCACACUCAUCAAACACCUGAGGGUGCACACUGGAGAGAAACCUUACCGUUGCCGGGAAUGUGGAAAGGCCUUCAGCCAGUGUUCAACCCUCACUGUGCACCAGAGGAUUCACACUGGGGAGAAGCUCUAUAAGUGUGCUGAGUGUGACAAGGCCUUUAACUGCAGAGCAAAGCUCCACAGACAUCAGAGAAUCCAUACAGGUGAGAAGCCCUAUAAAUGUGCUGAGUGUGGAAAAGGCUACAGCCAGUUUCCAUCCCUAGCUGAACAUCAGAGACUCCAUACUGGAGAAGAGCUUUGCCAGUGCUUGCAAUGUGGGCGAACCUUUACACGUAUCUCCACCCUAAUUGAACACCAGAGAAUUCAUACUGGACAGAAACCAUAUCAGUGCACUGAAUGUGGGAAGACCUUCAACCAAUAUUCAUCCUUCAAUGAACAUCGGAAGAUUCAUACUGGGGAGAAACUUUACACAUGUCAAGAAUGUGGGAAAGCCUUUGGCUGUAAGUCAAACCUUUAUCGGCAUCAGAGGAUCCACACUGGAGAGAAGCCCUACCAGUGUAAUCAGUGUGGGAAGGCCUUCAGCCAGUACUCCUUCCUGACUGAACAUGAGCGAAUCCAUACUGGAGAGAAGCUCUACAAGUGUAUGGAGUGUGGGAAAGCCUAUAGCUAUAGGUCAAACCUUUGUAGACACAGAAAAGUCCACCUGAAGGAAAAGCUCUACAAAUGGAAAGAAUUGGGGGCACCUUUUAUCUAUGGCUCAUCCCUUACUCCAUAUCAUAGGUUUCUGAAGGGAGACGAGCCUGAGAACUUGAAUUCAUCCCUCUAAUCCAGGUCAGCAACCAAAAGAGGAGUAACUACAGUACAAAUCAAAAUAGAUUCAUCUUUUUAGCUUGUUCAGGAAAUAGUUACCACUAAGUCAUGGACAGCCAGAGAGUGAAAAUACAGAGUGCCGAUGACAACCAUUUAAGAACUAUUACAAAAAAUUUAAAAAAACCUACCGUUUUUUUAAAAAAAGUCAUAGAAAAAAAUAUGAAAGGCCUCAUUUAAAAAACAAAACACAUAAGUAACUGUUGCAUAUAAGCAUUGUUUCAUGAGAUGGUUCUCUCUAAGAGCUUCCGUGUUUGAAUUUUCUUUUCAAGAUAGUCUAUGACAUAGAUAUAAUUUGAAGGACUGUGGGACCUCAGUCCCUAAAAUGGUGAGCUUUCAUGAAGAGCCACUCAGAGGAAAGGAACACUUUAAACUUGUUGUGUAUCAACACUAAAGCUCUUUGUGAAUUGCAACAUAUGUGUGUGUAUAUACAACGUACAUAUGUGUGU